AGUUAAAACGUUCAAAUAUGGCUACACGCCCGUCAUGCUUAAAACACCUGUGUGAAUUCGGGAAGCAGAGUGUGACAUAGUGGGUCCCACAAGGCUACAUUUCGUAGAAAUUUGCUACUCUCUCAUCCAGGCGGGAAAUAGUCAGAAGUCUUACAUAAGAAGUUUGGGUACUACUGAAGUCCUGCGUAUAUUCAUCCUCUGAUGGGGGUCAGCUAAAGUGGGGUUUAUACAUAUUCUGUGUAUAAACAUUUGCCCAUAUGGCUUCGUCAUUGCAGCAGCCUGAAUUGAAAGGGGUGGUCAUAAUUUCCUUGCCCCCUCCAGACAAUCCAUCUGAAGGAAAAACAAUUUGGUCAGCUUUUAUUGUCAGAUGGGGUUCUGUAUUGCGGCGUCAGCAGCAAAUUCCUCAUCAGCAGCAGAUACCCAGUUCAAAUUCCAGAAGGUAUUUGUUAAGCAGGAGGGGCCUUAAUCUCAGGAAGGUGCCUGCUAUUCUGUUGGCUGGGGCAUUAGCCCUGGCAAUUUGGCAGUGGUCUUCUAAUUUUGAUGAAUCCAACAAAGAAGAGGAUGAUAAGAAGACCGGGGUGUAUGAGCUGUAUCCUAAGUAUGGAGUUGACUAUCAUGGUCCCGUGGGAGAUAAUCCUCAAUUUAAGUUGGGUAUGUUUGUGGAGAGGGAUGUGGUCAGGAAUAAGGGUGUUAAAGUUUCAUCUGUCGAUUCUGUGAAUUCUUCUACUGUUUUUCCUAUCAAGGGCGAUGUCUUUCCAGAUGGGCUUUACUACGUUUCUAUGCUUAUUGGAAAUCCACCAAAGCCCUAUCACCUUGAUGUGGAUACUGGUAGCGAUUUGACAUGGCUUCAGUGUGCUGCUCCCUGCAGAAGUUGUGCCAAGGGACCACACCCUUUGUACGAUCCCAAGGGAGGCAAACUUAUAUCUUGCACAGCUCCAAUUUGUAUGGGUGUGCAAGCAACUCACAACUAUGAGUGCAAAAGCCCUGCUCAGCAGUGUGAUUAUGAAAUAGAGUAUGCUGAUCAUAGCUCUUCCAUGGGAGUCCUUGUAAAAGACAGUGCUACAGUCUUACUUACUAAUGGCUCCAUCGUUCGAACAAGUUUGGCUUUUGGGUGUGCAUAUGAUCAGCAGGGUUCUCUGGCAACUUCACCUGCAAAAACAGAUGGAGUUUUGGGGCUUAGCAGUGCUCAGAUCAGUCUGCCAUCACAGCUGGCUAGGAAUGGACUUGUUAAGAAUGUGAUUGGUCAUUGUAUUGCUGGAGAUGAAAGAGGUGGAGGUUACAUGUUUUUUGGCAACGACCUUGUACCAUGGGGAAUAACUUGGGUGCAAAUGCAGGGCAAGCCUUCAAUGAAACUAUAUCACGUGGGCUAUCCAAAUAUGAAACUUGGAAAUAGGCUGCUUGCUUAUACUGGCACUGAAAGCAACCUAGGAGGAGUUGUAUUUGAUAGUGGCAGCUCUUUUACAUACUUCACUCAUCAAGCUUAUGUUGCAUUUGUUUCAAUGAUUAAAGAGAGCCUUUUUGGAAGGUUAACACAAGAUUUAUCUGAUCCAACUUUGCCAGUUUGUUGGCAAGGUCCUCAUCCUAUCAAGUCUGUAGCAGACGUGAGACAUUAUUUCAAGCCAUUAACUUUGGAUUUUGGAAGCAGCCCUUGGCUUAUCAAGUCUAAGAAAUUUGACAUUCUCCCAGAAGGUUAUUUGGUCAUUAGUUCACAGGGUAAUGUCUGUUUGGGGAUACUCGAUGGAAGUCGAGUGAAUAAUGGGGAAUACAACAUAAUUGGAGACAUAUCUUUGCAGGGGUACAUGGUCGUCUAUGACAAUGGCUAUAGUAAGGUUGGAUGGGCUCGCUCUGAUUGUCACAAGCCACCUAAGAUUAAGGCUUUCCCCUUUUUUUAAUAUUGCAACUGGCACCACUUUAUACUUUUUAACUAUGUAAAUUUUGAGCAUCAGUGCACUUACACAAGGUAAUUUUGUUGGAUAUCUUUUGUAUUGAGGUUGGUUUAGCUAUAAUGAUCUUACAUGUAUAUAAGUUUCAAAUACAUGCAGUCAACGAUUUAUUAUUUAUUGCAUAUAUUACAUUUAUAAGCAGAAUUUUGUCAUAUGAAUUCAAGUUACAAA